AUGUUCAGCUUCAUCGGCCGCGGUAUCUUCUACAUCUUUGUGGGCAGCAUCACCAUGGGCUGGAAAUGGUGGAGAUAUACCGCUGGCGCACUCAUUGUCCUCGUUGGCAUCGGCUACGUCGCUCUCGAAUUUGUCCCUAGCAUUGAGCCGCCGGCGAAUAUGAGGGAUGCAGACCAAGGAUGGGGUGCGGAGCAGGUCUAG